AUAACGAUGCACGCUCGUCCCGCCCCCCGCUGCAAAGUUGACAUGAAUGAGCAGCUCCAGCAGUUGAACACAUAAAGUGAAUACAUGUGUGUCUGUGGUCGUGGCUCUGACUCCAUCAGCUCCUCCUGCAGACAGACGAGUAUAUCACUGUGCUGGUCUGUGUGAGCCUCUUUGUUUACAGUGCGAGCUGGUCGAUUUGAGGAGCGGUGAAGAUGGGGACAGCGUUGAUUUACGAUGAGGAGAUGACCAAAUACAAGUUGCUCUGGGUUGAUCCAGCGUGUAAGAUUGAAGUACCCGAGCGUUUAACUGUGAGUCAUGAAGCUUUGGUUCAUGGCGGUCUGGCUGAUCGCUGUGUCUCCGUACCGGUCCGCAAGGCAACGGAUUCAGACAUUCUGCGGGUUCACAGUGAGGAAUAUUUGGAGGCAGUAAAGAAGACCCCCUACAUGACUCUGGAGGACCUGAAGGAGUUCACCCUCCAAUAUGGAGACGUCUACUUCCACCAAAACAUCUAUCACUGUGCCGAGCUGGCUGCAGGAGCUGCUCUGCAACUGGUGGACAGUGUGAUGACAGGGAAGGUGAGGAAUGGCAUGGCUCUGGUCAGACCACCAGGACACCACAGUAUGCGCAGCGCUGCUAAUGGUUUCUGUGUGUUCAACAACGUGGCCAUAGCAGCAAAAUAUGCAAAGCAAAAAUAUGGAGUUAAAAGGGUGUUGAUAGUUGACUGGGAUAUACAUCAUGGUCAAGGGGUCCAGUACUGUUUUGAAGAUGAUCCCAGCGUGCUCUACUUCUCAUGGCACCGCUACGAGCAUCAGAACUUCUGGCCUAAACUCAGAGAUUCCGACUUUGACAGUGUCGGCAAAGACAAAGGAGCUGGUUUCAAUAUUAAUGUUCCAUGGAACAAGACGAAAAUGCAGAAUAGUGACUAUCUUUCAGUCUUCUGUCAUCUCCUCUUGCCGGUUGCAUACGAGUUUUGCCCAGACUUGGUUUUGGUGUGUGCCGGCUUCGACUCAGCCAUUGGUGACCCAGAGGGUGAAAUGUGUGCCACUCCGGACAUCUUUGCCCACCUCACUCACCUUCUCAUGAACCUCGCGGAAGGCAAAGUGUGUGCUGUGCUGGAGGGAGGCUACAACUUGACCUCCCUCGCCCAGUCUGUGUGUCAGACAGUUCAAACGCUGCUCGGAGACCCUGCCCCUCGACCUGCCAACCUCCAAGGUCCCUGUAGAAGUGCACUCGAGUCCCUUCAUUGCGCACGAUCAGCUCACAGGCAGUACUGGUCCUGCCUCAAACAUGCAGCGGAUCUGCCCACCUCUGAUAUCAGCACCAAGCGCUUUAAACUGGCAGAAGAAACAGAAGAAAAAGAGGAUGGCGAUAAAGAGACUGUGUGGCCAGAGCCUGAUAAACGCCUCGCCCCUGCUGUUCGUACUGCUGUAGUUCUCCCUGAUGGUGUCGCCUGCCCGGACGGAUGCCAUCCCUUCACUCUAUCAGAGGAUCUCGACCCAUUGAUAGUCAACAAACUCAAGGAGAAGUUCCUGAAAGAAGCAGAUGAUGGAGAAGCUCUCUCGACCCUCUCCAGAGUCAUCGCCCUGGUAGAUAAAAUGGAGAAGAAUGAGGUCUGCAGCGGCCUGGCGCUGGUCCCUGCACCCUCCAUGGCGACGAUGUGUGUUAUCCAGCAUGCUGCAUCUGUACUCAGGAACCGGGUCUUGGUUGUGUGUGUCGGAGACUGGAGCGUUCCGAAGUUCACUGAAGACGGGAAAACCCUUGUGAUGCAGUUCAGCAACAAGGUGUCAGAGGAACGUGCAAGCAGAUACUACAUUCCUGUGCAUCUGAAGAAGGGCUUCAGGGACGUUUCUGGGUUCAUGCAGGCAGUGAUGGGUCUCCUCCUGCCUUUGGGUUACCAGUACGACCCCAGUCUGGUUGUAUUGGUUCGGAUGUCUGACAGCGGUGUGUGUGAUAGCGUGUGGCAACAACUAACUGGUCUACUGCAGGGCCUCGCACAAGGACACACACUGGUGCUUAUGCAGGACAAUGAUAAGGAAUGUGUCGGACCCACUGCCUCAUCCCUCCUCGGGGACCCUGCUCCCUCUUUGGGGCCACUCCUGGCUCCUCCAUCAGAGGAUGUGGAGUCUGUGGAGAAACUGAGAGACAGACUGAAGGCAGAGUGGACACUCCUGCAGAACACAGCCCAAGACACAGGAAGAGAUGCUGAGGACCGAAGCUGAUCCUGCUCCUCCAUUUCUUUUUAAAUCAUGAAAACAUUAUGAAUCCCAUGAUUUAUGUAAUGCAAUAAUGUUAUGUAAUCGAGACGGCUUUUGAUACACAAAUUAAAAACAUAACAACAACUCA